AUGCACCCCAGUCAUCAUCCCUCCGAGCUUCUCUCAGCGACUUUGACGGCAAAGCUACAUAAAUGCCAAUCGGCAUUGCUCGAAAUCGAUCGAAACAAGGCACCAACAACUCCGCAUUUUACCGGCAUUGUGGCCAUAGACGGGACGAAAGAGAAGGAAGCCACAACACAACAGCAGUUCAAACCACUCGAAGAGGAACACAUUUUACCAACUUUGCUGUCGGACAAACACUAUAGCAACAAUGAACAAUAA